CUGAAGGUCCAGGUAAAAGAGGAUUUUUCGUGAGAUCAUCUGUGGAGCCACAAUCUGCGCGUGCGCAAGUGUUCGCGCCAAUGCCCGGUGCAGAUAGCAGAUGUUUUCGUAACCAACACUGAAAGUGUACACGCUAAGCACAACCGUGUUCUAUUUUAAUAUUUUUUUGUUGCCAAUCCGAAGUUCACACUGCAAAACAAAUUAUAUCACGUUAAAGCCCAUAGUUUGCUGAACAUGAAAACCGAAAAAUAAAAGUUAUUACUGUUGCCUCGAUGUUGUGUAAGCUCGUGAUUCCCGUCAGCCCUCCUGCUUUUAACAAAGUAGUUUGGAAACCAUUUUGUUUAGUAUUCCGGAUCAUGAAUUUUAGAAAAGUGCUGGCAAAAGAAUAACAAAACAAACGAAUUGUUCGAGUGUAGUGCAUCUUCGAAGUCCAAAUUAUAAAACUAAGAUUCAGGUAACAAACUCCAAGAAUACAAAGAUUAGCAGACACAUUUUUAUUUAAACUCGUAACUAAUGAAUUAAAACGCGUAAUUAUUUCUAAUCUAAACUCGAAAAAUGUCUCGUGGAAUACGACAUAGCGAUGGCCAUCAGUACCAAACAAUAUCCACCCCCGACAUGACAAUUGUCAAGCAGGAGUUCACUCCGAGUCCACACUUGCUUGACCACGGCUAUGGGGCCACCCCAAUCAGCCAGGUCAUGUCGUCGGGCAUCCUCACCUCUGCGCCUGCCGUAAAGCGAAAACUCAACCUGGAAACACACAACUACAUUGUACCGAUCAAGCAGGAGUUCAAAGCCCCGCCGCCCAAAAAGCAAAAAAAACCGCCGCCUGCGAAAAAGUACACCAGAUACGACACUUCGCUGAGUCUCUUGACCAAGAGGUUUUCCGACUUGCUUAAGGUGUCUCCCAACGGAGUGGUGGAUUUGAAUAAGGCCUCGCUGGAACUGAAAGUGCAAAAGAGGAGGAUUUACGACAUAACCAAUGUGCUGGAGGGCAUCGGGAUUUUGGAGAAAAAGUCCAAAAACAACAUUCAAUGGAAGGGGGGCAAGGAGAGCAGCCAUUACCUCCACCUGUCCAGACAGAUGAAGCAGCUGGAGGACCAGGAGAACGAGCUGGACCAAAAAAUAUCUCUUGUUGAGAACGAGCUCUGUAAACUCAACAAGCACUCUUACGGUUAUGUAACUUAUCAGGACCUUCGUUCGAUUGACAGGUUUAAACACAAGACUGUAAUGGCCAUAAAAGCGCCCCCCAAUACUCAGCUGUCAGUGCCUAAAGGGCUGGACCAAGACGAUAAGUACAGCAUCCAAAUGAAAAGCCAGGAGGGGGAGAUUGAGGUGUUUUUGUGUCCUGAAAACGUUCUGCCCGGAAAAUCGAAGCCUGUUCCUCCCAUGGAUCCUCUCCUAAGAGACAUAGACUUAAGUCCCGGGGUGUUUGACAUGAAGACUCCACCAGUGCCUCAACUAGACAGCCCCACUCUGCAGCAUAGACUUAUUUCAUCUAAUAUAUGCCGAAGUAUAUCGUUCAAAGAGGAGCCCAACGAGUUCCCGUACCUGGACGACAUGCGGUCGUCGACAUCUUCGGGCGCCGCCUCCAGCCACCUGCAAGUACAAAGCGCCGCCGCCGGCGGCAGCAGCACCACCUCCUCGGCCUCGACGACCGCCAUGAUGGACCCGCGGCUGAUGCCGCUGCAGCACGGAAACGGCGGGGGCGGCGCGCGGGCGGGCCACCACGCCGCCCCCAAGCAGAGCAUGCCGUUCCUCCACAACGACGCCCUCGGGCCCAUGGUGGGGCGGUUCCCCGGCCUCCAAAUGGACCACGCCGCACAAGGCCUUAUGGAUCCGCUGCUUUGCAACGAACCGUUCGUACCUUUGGAGCCCCUAAUGCAGUCGGAGUACAACUUUAGCUUGGACGCCUCGGAGGGUCUUGCCGACCUAUUCGACUACGAUAUUUUUUCGUGCUAAAAACGUUUCGGGUGAAAUUUACGCAAAUAAUGUACAACGGGAGAUUGACGUCGCUUCGAUCGCCUCUGUAGGAUGUAAGACACGCUGUCGGAAAAAUCAAGGGCAGUUUUUGGAUCGGUUGAGCCCCAAGGAAGAAAAUUAAUUAAUUUCUUGGAUUCUUUUUGAUUUUUUGCGUGGUGUAAUGAGUGUAAGCUUAUGUACAAAUUUUUACUUAAAUUUCGUUCGCAAGAUAACCAUACAAUGCAAUUUGAACAUAUCUUUAAAUUUCCUUAGUUGUCGGACAUACAAAUAGUUAAUAUUUUGUGGGGCGAUUUUUUAAAUACAUUUAUUUGUUUAGUAUAUUUUUAAGGUUUUGCUAAUAAACCUUUGUUGAAUUGUAGGGAUAUUGUUAAAAAAUUAAAUUGUUGCAAAUUUAAGGUAUGUUUUUAUUUCUGUUAAGCAUUUCAGUUUCAAUUGCGUAAAAUUUAUUUUAGGAAAUGACUGAAUUAGA